CUAGUGUAAAAGUCUAUGCAGGGUUUUCAUUAAUUGGGUCCCUGUCUGCUCCAUCUGCUUCAUUUAAAGGUAUAUUGGAGAGGAGACAAGGGAUUGAUUCCCUGUAACUGAUCUAUUAUAUUGAUCCUCAUUACCAGUUGUAAAUCCACCAGAAGACCAUUGACUUACAGGCUAGGGUUUCAGCAGCGGUCCAGGCGAUAGAUAAAGUAUUGAUGAGAGGUAUUUUAUAAUGAAACAGAACUACCUUGUGUAAUAAAAGCCAUUACUCCAAUCAAUUUGUUCAAUGAUUGAUGAAGGGAAAACCUUAUAUGUGUUCAAUGUGAUUGUUUGAGAAGCCAGGAAAGAGGUGCUUCCAUUUCACCAGGGCCACUGUCCUCCCAACACAUGUAGCCAGACAGCGGGAAACCUCGAAUGUAUUUCUAAAUAUUCUCUUCUGUUUCAUCCGUGGAUUAAAUUGAAAACUGUUUGGUUUCCAUAUUUCAUAUCCGGCAACUUUUCAGUGUUUGCAUCUGUCACUCCUUUUGAAUUCUUCAAAUAAUUUCAUGACCAGAAAAAAGAGUUGUAUGGAAAUUCUGCAUACCAAUGGCUUGAAUUAGCAUAUAUGAGCUGAAGUAAGCCAAAUGGUGUAAAUAUAUGUCCAAACUGGAGUCAUUUGCAUAUUAUGCAUAAUAUUGUCUUCAGUCUCUAUUGUGUAACAUUAUAUCUGUAUUCUGUGUAAGUGCCCAUUGCGGAUUUAACUCUGGAUUUCCUUACGUUGUGCACAUUGACAAUGACAAGAGAUUUCGCAUCAUUAGACUUGCGGUUACAGAUGGACUAAACUAUUUCUGCUCCGUUAAACUUUACACUAAGUGAACACUUUUCCCGUCUUUAUAGAAGAAUGUUGUGAUGGUUUACAAGCUGUCUUUAUAAGGAUGUGAUAUAUUGAACAUUUAAGUGGAUCCUACAUUACUGUGUUUUCAUAGUGUUUAGUCUUACAGGAGCAUUAUGGAUUGGUCAAAUUGUAAGGUGCGAUAUCGCGACACCUCUCGACUGGUGUUUCAGGAGUUACAGGAGAGACACCUGGUGGGGAGAAAUUCCAUGAAGUUUUUUGAGUUUGAGCUCCAGCCUGCUGCCUCUGAGAGUGAUGACAGAACCAGCUAUAACUCCAACAAGGACCUAGUGGACAGUACCCCCACCACCCUAGAUCCUCUCCCACAGGUAAACAGGGAGGACUGUGUCCCUACCACUCCGAGCUUCCUCCCGCCCGUGGACAGGAGUGAACAUCUGAUUCAGCAGACUCUCAAGGAACACAAGGCUCUUCACAGGUCUAACACGACCCCAGAUCUACCACAGCAUCAUCUCAAGAUACAGCGCAGUGUUAGUGUCGGGGGGUAUUAUCCCGAGGAAAACUAUAACUUCUACAAUGAGAAUAAUAGUUUUAAUCCAAGAAAUGAAAAUGUGAAUGCCAGUCAGACGUUAAACAAAUCGUUAGCAAAGUCAACCCCUAGUCCUCGUCAUAGACGAAGCUUGUCAACCACAGCUGUUCAGACUUCAUUUGAUGAAAACAGUAACCCUUUUGAAGAUAAUAUUCCAGUGCCAAGCAGGUCUAGUAAACAUGUUACACAGGGAACUAACACCACAGAUUCCUUAGAAAGACCAAGGAAACGAAACAAAAGCAGUGGAGAUGUGGCCAGCAAAGCCCCAGCUAAGAAACCCACAAACUUCCCACAGAAGUUAGUCAGAGGGAAAAAGAUGGGGACCUAUAUCUAUGAUCAGUCGCCAGAAAUGCAGGUGUUGGUUGCCUCCACCAGUCCUGUUUUGUUUCGCAGGAAACCUUCCGCUAAAGGUAGAAAUCGCCCCCGAUUGCCAGCCAAUGAGAUUUAUUGUAACAAUACGCAGAACAUGAUCAACAACAUGGAUACUGUUGAAAUGGAGAUGGAAUUAAAAAGGCAGGAAGAAGCAUUUCUGAAAAAGGAUGUGUCACAAACAUGGCAUGGAUCAACUGCUAAUAAAUGGAAGAUUUUGUAUGCCCCAGUUGCAGAGCAACUUAAUAACAGACAUAAUGAAAAUGGUUAUCAAACACUUCCUUCUAAAACAUCACUUCUAGAUGAGAUGCACAAGAAAUACUGUGCUUAUCAGUACAAGAAUAAGAACUUCAUCAAUGUUGAUAUGAAUGGAACUCUUCCUCUGAAGUUCCAGUCCAGCCCCCCACCCCCUGAUCGUAUGAAGUCCCGCUCCUGGCUCCUCCAGCAUUACACGAUCCCCCUCCCCGUGUCCUCUUCCUCAUCCUCCCCCGACAGUCCCGAGGAAAAUAAAAAGUUAGGGAACAAGCAAGAAGGCUAG